UUCCUUCUUUCCCUUGCCCUACCCUCGCCCUGUCUGUGCUGGCCUCCCAGUUCUGAGUGUUACUGCUUCUGUUCUGACUGGCAUUGCCUGGCGAUACCCUGUUUCCGCGAUCAGCUUGCAUUCCUGCAUUGUUUGCUUUGUUCGGCCCGUGCACCUGCGCCUCCGCCCGUGCUCAUUCUUAUUAGAUCCGUUGCCAUGGACGGUUCCUCGUCUCGGGAAGGAGGCAUUCAGCUUCUUUUAGCGGCAGAGCAAGAAGCCCAGAAGGUCGUAGCUGCUGCUCGUGCAGCCAAAACUGCUAGGUUGAGACAAGCGAAGGAGGAAGCGGAGAGGGAAGCCGCUGCUUACCGCGCUCAGCGUGAGGAGGAGUACAGGAAGAAGAAGGCGGGGACGUCAGGCGACUCGGAAGCGACUGUGAAGCGGCUGGAGGUGCAGACAAGGCAGAAGAUUGAUCAGCUGACCAAGGAAGCGGGCAAUGUGUCGAAAGAUGUUACUGGGAUGCUUCUUGAUCUUGUGACAACGGUCAAGCAUUGAAAUCCUUGCAUUAUGCUGGAAUGUCAUGAUCAGUGUACAAGACCUAGUUAGCACCAUUCAUCCGUAGAAGAUCCUGAUGGGAUGGUUUGUGUGCAGGUUGUUUAUAUGAUGGUCCAUGGAGAUCUAAGGACAGGCUUUCUGCCUCAUUAUGUCGAAUAAUCCAUCACGACUACUAUAAUUGUGGCAAAGCCUCUCUCCAAGACCUUGAGCU